GAAAAAAUAGUUGGGCCAAGCCCAAGUAGAGGGGAGAUCACUCUAAAUACAGUCUACGCAGAACUCUUGUGUUAUUCAUACACGUUCCGGAUAAGCUGAACACUACACUAGGACCUAGGGAUAAAUAUUAUAUUUUCUAUGUGUUCUGGAUGUACAAGAACAAAGAGACUACUAAAGAAGAAUAUUUGGAUAUAAAUAAAUCGGAUAACAUCGGUUCCAUUUUGUUGUGACUUAUCAAAUUGUCACCACCCUCAUUGUGACGGCAUCAGCUAAUAGUUUGUUUGAAAUAGCUCAAACCCAAAACCAGGAGGUUUUAACCGUCUUGGUUUGUUAACGCUAACCGAUGCUGGAACACAGUCCGAACCCUUGUUGGCAGGUCCCAUCUGGGUACAGGGGUGUCUGGUGUCAGGAUCUGUCCCGCGAGGGGGCGCUUCAGUUUGUCUUCAUGGCGCAGUUAGAAGAGAGAAUGACUCAAGAUUCAUCGUCAGCAUUUGUAACACCUAGCCCAUCACCGGAGGGUGUCCCAGCACAUUCAGUGUCCACCUUGUCCCCCCUGUCCCCCCAGUUCACCACCCGGACUCACUUUGCUCACGGACACAAGCGCCACCACAGUGGCAGCGAUGGUGACGGGGCGGACAGCGACAGCGAACACAACAGUAUAACCCGAGAUUCCAGUAGCAUCGUGUUAUCUUCAUCCAAAGCCAGGACUUUUCUGGCCGCUUCCAAAAGCAGGCCCAACAAAACCCCAGACUGUUAUUAUUCAGGCAAGCGCGGGUCAGCCCGGGCUAGUCCAGAUGUGGACCCUGCUAAACAAAGAAGCCAGCAGAGCUCGUAUGUACAGAAAAAAGAAACCAGCAGAACAAAAUCCCAUAGUGUAGAGAGUACCAAGUGCUGUCACAACGACGCAGGGGCCCACAGCCCUCAGCAUUGUUCAUCAGUACAUAUGGAUAUGAGUACUAAAAAACAGUCACCGUCUCCGUUAUCCUCCCCCUCUCCCCCUUUGUCUCUCUCCCCUCAAGCCUCGUCAACCUCUUCGUAUUUGAUAGAACAGAAGAACAGUCCGGUAGCAUUCAACGACAGCUCGGACAGCACCACCACAGAUAAUAAGUACGCUUUACAGAAGCGUUUGAAACUCAUGCACGAGCCCAGCAUGAUCACCAGAGAACCGUGGAAUGCCUUGAAUAUCCCAGACCUGAGCCAGAAAGUCACUAUCAAAACUGAGUUUGACCAGUCUGCUUAUAUUUCACCCUCAUAUUCUCCUGCCUUGUCUCACCAUUCUGAUGAUAAAGACCAGAACGAGCCGGUUGAUCUUUCUUUAGUCAAGCGAGCACGUAGAUCAGACUCAGAUACCCACCAAGGCCUGGAUCUUAGAGUUCCUAAACGUGAGCCAGAAGAUUCACCAUCAGAAGGUGUCAAUAAGAUUGGAUCAGCUGCCCUUUUGUCUCUCCAGAGAAUUAAAGAAGCAUCAGAACAAUUCAAGUCUCACUCAAGUGUUAUGAGCCUUAUAGAAACACAGAGUAAAAAACUGAUGUACCAAACCCCUCGGUCCCAAGCAAAAAUAGAAGAAAUGUAUGACGACAUCGACAGUCAGAAAUCUCGACGAGUCCACCGCUGUGACUUUGAAGGGUGCAAUAAGGUCUAUACCAAAAGCUCACAUCUGAAAGCCCACCGGCGAACACAUACAGGUGAAAAACCUUACAUUUGUAAUUGGGACGGGUGUACCUGGCGUUUUGCUCGUUCUGAUGAAUUAACCCGCCACUUUCGCAAACACACAGGAGACAAACCAUUCAAGUGCCAAGUUUGUGAACGUGCCUUUUCCCGAUCAGAUCACCUCUCUCUACACAUGAAAAGACAUUGAAGCUACUACAUUGAGAAGAAGGGCUAACUCUUUCCUGCACAGUCACCUUGGCAGUGCUGUGUUUUUUCCUCAAGUGGGACCUGCUGUCCAUGAGCUUCCCCAAGAGAGUCUCUCUGUUUAACAGAGACCUUGUGAGACUGACUCACUCAAGUCGACCUAGAUUGGCAAUAAGCUAAUGUGAUACAACGAUAUAGCUGAAGAGAUUUUUAAAAAACAAAAACAUUUUUUACACAGAAGAAAAAAAAACAAAACCAUUAUGUGGUUGUUAAACAUUACCUGGCUGUGAAAAUUCCAGUUUUUAUUGAAAAACUUUUUUUUUUAAAAUAUUUAUUUUAUAAUUUAAAAUAAAAACAAAACUAAAACACGCUCAGGCUUUGUCAACUAGAGAUUUGCCCCAAGUGAAAGCAAUACAGGACUGCACAAUUUUGUUGAAACAUGUUUGCUACUUUGUACUGAUAACCUGUUUAUCACUUCAACAACUUCAACAUGGCAAUUUUAUGCCUGUAUUCUCAGUAUCAUCAUGUAUUGUUCUAUAAAUAAUAACUUGUUACCUAUUAUUCAGAUUAGUGACCUCGGGGAAACUAAGCCCCAUGUAUGAUACUUUGAUCAUUAACAUACCAGUGUUAUACUAAUAUCCUUUCAUUUGAAAUGAAGUUGCCAAAUGUUCAGAUUCUUCUGAAAUCUCAUGCUAAAUUUUGUUGUGUUUUGUGAAGAGCAUGUAAAAAAGCUUUAUUCAUGUUCAAUAUGCUGAGUUUUAUGCUGUAUAUUUUGUGUUCCCAGUUCUAUACUUCAAUAUUUGCUGAUGCGUUGUUGUCAACCCCCCCUAAACAGUCUUUCUGAUGUUUAAAUAAAAAAACCUACACUAAUUUUGAAGCCAAAUAACUUCAUGUACUAUUACUGUUCAGUCUCUAUCAUUGCAAAUAUUUUGUCAUUAACAUGUCUAAAUGGUGAAGGAUUUUGCAUUUAAGUUUUUUUUGGUGUUAAGUACUUGUUGUUUUUUAGGAGACUAGCAGCAGACUUAAAAAUGAUGAAAAAUAAAUGUUUAUAUGUUAAUAAAAUAACAUAAAGA